CGCUCUCUUAACUCCGUUUCCUCCGCUUUCUCGAAACCCCCAACCAUACUUUUUCACCCUCAAAAUCCCAACACCGAACAGAAACAAUUAAAUACGAGUGACCCAAAAACACGAUGCUGCCCACCGCCACUAUGUUAACAGCUUUUACCCACCUUUCUUAUUCCGCAACCAAAGUAACCAACAUUGAACCAUGAUAUUCCUUUCACAUUUAUCUCAGAAGGAUAAACGGCGUAUAGGCUUCUGUACGAUGGUGUUGGCUGUGGCGAAUGCUUUAUUCAGUGUGGUGAACGCCGUCGCUAAUAAACAGUCCCAUGCACUGACUGUGGUCUUUGGUGUUAGGGCUACUAUUUGCUCUCUCGCCACCGCUGUCAUUGCAUAUUGGGAACGUCUCCAAGAUCGACCUCCAGUCAGAGACCCGGAACGAGCUAGAACAUCUCAUGGCAGCCUUGAACUCAUUCCUCGCCGAAUUAUCGCUGCUGAAUCGCCCAUUCCAUCUCCUCAAGACAAGGACGGAUCUGUCUCUGUUUUCUCUACAGGCGUUGAAUCUCGUGGAGGUCUACGAAAUCGACAGUCACCUAGACAUAUCCCAUAUGAUCCAUCGGCACGCUCUAGUGGCUUGAGUGGAAGUAAUGUGAAACGUCAUCGACCAGGAAAGAUUGUCCCAGUACCUACUGCUCCCCUCAGUAUCAUGAUUGAAGUUGCUGGAAUAAUACCUGUCGCAGGAUUAGGUGACGUUCCUGAACUGGCUCUCGAGAUAGUCAAGAUGGCUGAGGAUGCUCACUCCAACAGGAAUGCCUUUCAGCGCCUGGCAAAGCAGUCGCCGGCUCUAGCGUGUCUUGUCGUGGACAUAUGUAAACAAGAACACAGACCAAAUGCAACCAUUUCUCUGUUUCUAGAAUCUCAUAUUACUAAAGUUACACUAAUGCUAAAGGAAGUUGUUGAUUUCACCAGAAUAGCAGCAUCGCGCGAUACAUCAGACCGAUUCAUUUUCAGCGAGGUCGACCGAGAAGUUAUCAAAGACUAUCUUAAACGGCUCGAAGUUCAUCGACAGCAGUUUCAAAGCUAUAUUGAACGUGAACACAACGAGACUCAAUUCCCCGAAAGCUUGCUGCGCUCCUAUGCUACAGUGGCGGCAUCAUCCCGUCCUUCGGAGAAGGUUCUGGCCCCCAAGCAUGACACGAAUCUGCACCGUCGUUUGGAGUCGUCUACUGAUAGUGUUGUUGACCCACCCGCUGGCGAUUGGCCUUACGAGGCUACGGCUACGGCCGCCGAUGUUGUUCACAGAAAUCGGCUCAACAAGUUCGCACAGGCCGCUGGUGCCAGUGUCGAAUACAUGGAUUCCUUCACGGGCCUUCAUAACGCUCCCACCUGGACCUCGAGCGUCUUCUUAAAUGGACUCCAUCACGGUACAGGUCACGCUCGUACCUUGACUGAAGCGCGGGCACAGGCUGCUCUCGUUGCCCUGGCCUUUCUCUCCCAACAGUCAGAAAGUUUCACAAUGAGGUACACGGAAAAGCGCAGAAAUUCCGGAGUCCGACCCUUGCCGGCGGUACGGCCUAAAGGAAUGUUGUAAAACGACGAAGAGACUAAGUUUUGUCCAAACGGCCGAGAAGGAGCACGACGUAUUCAAACUGAGUGGGGACGCACCCAAAAUCUAUGUUUAUUUCGCAUAUCUUGGC